CAAUCAGAUCCUGCGGAGCUUCGUGUCCGAUUCGAGGGGUCGCAACGUCUGCCGGCUUUCUUUUCCGCCUUCUCUUUUGGUUGAUCUCUUUCUGGCUCUCACUGCAAUGGCGGAGCAGCAGCAAUUCUACCUCUUGUUGGGCAACCUGAUGAGCCCUGACAACAACAUCAGGAAACAGUCAGAGGAAGCUUAUGACAACAUCCCCGGUCAGACGAAGAUCACGUUUUUGCUUCAGGCCAUCAGAGAUGUGGCCUGUGCCGAAGAGGUCAAGACGAUGGCGGCUGUGCUCCUGCGGCGCCUGCUGUCGUCCUCCUUUGAGGAGAUCUACCCUGGCCUGACUGUGGACAUGCAGACGGCCAUCAAGACAGAGCUCGUUACCAGCAUCCAGACAGAAGCUUCGCCCAACAUCCGCAAGAAGGUUGCCGACAUCGCUGCAGAACUCUGCCGCAACCUCAUCGAUGAUGAUGGAAACAACCAGUGGCCAGAACUGCUUAAGUUCCUGUUUGACUCCGUGAACUCUGACAAUGUUGGCCUGCGAGAGGCAGCGCUGCAUAUAUUCUGGAAUUUCCCGGGAAUCUUUGGUAAUCAACAGCAGCAUUACAUGGAUGUGAUCAAGAGGAUGCUCGUUCAGUGUAUGCAGGACCAGGAUAACCCUCAGAUCCGUACUCUGGCUGCUCGUGCUGCCGCCUCAUUCGUGCUGUCUAACGAGGGGAACGCUGCCCUGCUGAAGCACUUCUCUGAUCUGCUGCCAGGCAUCCUGCAGGCGGUGAAUGAGUCCUGUUACCAGGGUGACGACUCGGUGCUGAAGUCCCUGGUGGAGAUCGCCGACACAGCGCCCAAGUACCUGCGGCCCAACCUGGAGGCUACCCUGCAGCUCAGCCUGAAGCUGUGUGCCGACACCAACCUGACCAACAUGCAGAGGCAGCUGGCCCUGGAGGUGAUUGUCACGCUGUCCGAGACUGCCGCUGCCAUGCUGAGGAAACACACCGCCAUCGUGGCGUCCAGCGUUCCCCAGAUGCUGGCGAUGAUGGUAGACCUGGAGGAGGAUGAGGAGUGGGCAAUGGCUGAUGAGCUGGAGGACGAUGACUUUGACAGUAAUGCGGUCGCUGGAGAGAGUGCUUUGGACAGAAUUGCCUGUGGGCUGGGUGGGAAGAUUGUGCUUCCCAUGAUCAAGCAACACAUAAUGACCAUGCUGCAGAACCCUGACUGGAAGUAUCGGCACGCUGGGCUCAUGGCGCUGUCUGCCAUCGGGGAGGGCUGUCACCAGCAGAUGGAGGCUAUCCUCAACGAGAUCGUCAGCUUCGUGCUGCUCUUCUGCCAGGACCCUCACCCCAGAGUCCGUUACGCUGCCUGCAACGCCAUCGGUCAGAUGGCUACAGAUUUCGCCCCCACCUUCCAAAAGAAAUUCCAUGAUAAGGUGAUCUCUGCCCUGUUGCAGACCAUGGAGGACCAGACCAAUCCCCGUGUCCAGGCUCACGCCGCCGCAGCCCUCAUCAAUUUCACUGAAGACUGCCCAAAGUCUCUCCUCGUCCCCUACCUGGACAGCCUGGUGCAGCACCUCCAUGUAAUCAUGGCGGCCAAGCUCCAGGAGCUAGUCCAAAAGGGGACAAAGCUGGUUCUGGAGCAGGUGGUGACGUCCAUCGCGUCCGUGGCCGACACAGCUGAGGAGAAGUUUGUUCCCUACUACGACCUGUUCAUGCCCUCACUGAAACACAUUGUGGAGAACGCCGUGCAGAAGGAGUUGAGACUCCUCAGGGGGAAGACCAUUGAGUGCAUCAGCCUCAUCGGCCUGGCCGUCGGCAAGGAAAAGUUCAUGCCUGAUGCGUCGGCUGUGAUGCAGCUGCUGCUGAAGACCCAGACAGACUUCAACGACCUGGAGGAUGAUGACCCACAGAUCUCUUACAUGAUCUCCGCCUGGGCCAGGAUGUGUAAGAUCCUGGGGAAGGAGUUCCAGCAGUACCUGCCUGUGGUCAUGGGUCCUCUGAUGAAGACAGCCUCCAUCAAGCCAGAGGUGGCCCUCCUGGACACCCAGGACAUGGAGAACAUGUCAGAGGAUGACGGCUGGGAGUUUGUAAACCUGGGGGACCAGCAGAGCUUUGGUAUCAAGACAGCUGGCCUGGAGGAGAAGGCCACCGCCUGCCAGAUGCUGGUGUGCUACGCCAAAGAGCUGAAGGAAGGAUUCGUCGAGUACACGGAACAGGUGGUUAAGCUGAUGGUUCCUCUACUGAAGUUCUACUUCCACGAUGGCGUCCGGGUGGCCGCAGCAGAGUCCAUGCCCCUGCUGCUUGAGUGUGCGCGGGUUCGAGGCCCAGAGUACCUCACGCAGAUGUGGCACUUCAUGUGUGACGCCCUCAUCAAGGCCAUUGGCACAGAGCCUGACUCCGACGUCCUGUCAGAAAUCAUGCAUUCGUUUGCCAAGUGUAUUGAGCUAAUGGGGGAGGGCUGCCUGAACAACGAACACUUUGAGGAACUGGGAGGGAUCCUGAAGGGGAAGCUAGAGGAGCACUUCAAGAACCAGGAGCUGAGACAGGCCAAACGACAGGACGAGGACUACGAUGAGGGGGUGGAGGAGACGUUACAAGAUGAGGAUGAAAACGACGUGUACAUUCUGACCAAAGUGUCAGACAUUUUGCACUCUGUGUUCAGCAGUUACAAGGAACAAGUGCUGCCCUGGUUUGAGCAGCUUCUACAGCUCGUUGUCCAGCUCAUAUGUCCGAGUCGACCCUGGGCGGACCGACAGUGGGGUCUGUGCAUCUUCGACGACGUGGUCGAGCACUGCAGCCCCUCGUCCUUCAAGUAUGCCGACUACUUCCUGAGGCCCAUGCUCCAGUCCCUGUGCGACACCAGCCCUGAGGUUAGGCAAGCCGCAGCCUACGGCGUGGGGGUCAUGGCCCAGUAUGGAGGAGACAACUACAGACCCUUCUGCACAGAGGCCCUGCCACUCCUGGUGGGCGUGAUCCAGUCUCCGGAGUCCAAGGUCAAGGAGAACGUCAACGCUACUGAGAACUGCAUCUCCGCCGUUGGGAAAGUGAUGCGCUUCAGGCCUGAGUGCGCCAAUGUCAACGAGAUCCUACCCCAUUGGCUCUCCUGGCUGCCACUCAAUGAAGACAAGGAAGAAGCCGUGCACACCUUCGACUUUCUUUGUGACCUCAUCGAAAGCAACAACCCUAUUGUCCUCGGACCAGACAAUGCAAAUCUUCCCAAGAUAUUCCAGAUCAUUGCUGAAGGGGUUGCCAAUGAGUCCGUCAAAAGUGAGGACGCGUGCAGCAAGAGACUGGCAAAUGUCAUCCGUCAAGUACAGGGUUCUGGAGGACUGUGGACUCAGUGUGUAUCGACGCUGAAUGAGAAGCAGCAGAAAGCCGUCCAGGACCUCCUCACAGCUUGAACAGCCUUAUCCCCUUCCUUCGUUCAUUUGAAAGCUGCAAGACCAUGUAUAAACAUCUAGUUCCUGGAUCUCCUCCCUAGAUCACCACCCUCCCCACCUCCUUUUCCAGCUCUGAUCUGUAUGUAGCGUGUGUGGACUUCUCUGCAGCCUGGUCUUUUCCAUCAUCCCCUCAGUCUGUCUCCCCUGCACUCGACUGACUGUAGGGGACAGGUUGGUUUUGUCAACCGCCACGAGACUCUUCCAGAGGAUUAACCCCCACUGCCCCCACCCCCCCCAUCGCGUCUGUCCCCUGGAGGGGACUACAUCCUCUUCUUCCUGAAAUCUGAUGGUUGGAGCAUUGCUGGCCUCACCUGCACAAAGGGAAAACAAAUUAGUAUUAUAACACAGUUCUCCACCCUGUUCAGAAAUAGCUGGUCCUAAGAUGAAAUUGACUCUUUACCCAUUCCACGACAAGUUCCACUCGUUUAGCUGUGCUCUGUGGAAACCAUAAGAAAAUGUCCUGUUUUCAUGUUUACCCAGUGUCAAACUCCGAGGAGUGUGGAACUCUGUAGGACCCAGCCUGUGUAUGAGGAGAGGCGUCUUGACUGAGUAGGACUGAGGAAUAGAAGAGGUGGGAGUGUGUACGUGUCCCGGGGUGACCGCUGCCUGCCUCCUGGAAAUUCACCUUUAUUUUUGUCUCUAGGCUUUUUUUGUUUCUCUAUCUGAGGAAGACCCACAGUGGCACCUGAAGAAAACAGCCACUGGCUCACUGAUCUGAAUGACAAAAGCAUGUGUGUCAGGGGCUAACUCGCUCUCAUUGAAAUAAAAUGAUAGUUAAGAGGAAAUCAUGAUUGUCUGUGUGGGAGAUUUCAAACCAACACUUCCUAGGGGUUAUUUUCAUUUCAUGGGAAUAAGUCUAGCGAUUUUUAAGGUAGGUUUGGGUUUUUUUUCCCCAUGAAGGUUUACACCCAUUGAAUGUGAUGAAGUUGGUUUAAGAGCAUUCAUAUGAUCUUCUGUACUGGGUGUUGGACGUGUGUAGAAGCAUGGAAUUUUAUUUCUUAACUUGUGCAAACAUCCUCUGCUGAUAUUGGGUUUAGAACCUUUAUCUGCUGAUAUUGGGUUUAGAACCUUUAUCUGCUGAUAUUGGGCUUAGAACCUUAGCACCCCUACAAGUAUUUGAUGGAUUCCAACAUAUAAAUAAAAAUCUGACAAUUUAA